AUGGCAUCCACGACAUCUCGGCAGUCGAAUGACCGCGAUCCGACAUUUCGCAACUACGAUCCCGUGUCGGCGGCCAAAUACCUCCAAUCUCGACCCAGGUACACUGACGUGCUGAUCGAUCUGGUCAUCUCCAAACACACCUCGUCUGGCGGGGGUUUGGACCUGGUGGUCGACGUCGGCUGUGGGCCCGGCAUCGCGACCCUCAACCUGGCGCCGCACUUUCAACAUGCCAUCGGUGCCGAUCCAGGCCAGAGCAUGAUUGAAGCCGCAAAGACCGUCCCUUCCACGACAAAAUCGGGCGAGCCGAUCAAGUACGAGGUCUGCCCGGCGGAGGCAUUGAGCACGCUAUCGGCGCUGAAAGAGAUAUCAGGCGCUGGGAAGGACGGGAUGGAGUCUGUGGACCUCAUCACCGCCGCUACUGCCGCCCACUGGUUCGAUAUGCCUCGUUUCUGGGGCGAGGCCGCGAAGAUCCUCAAACCCGGCGGCAGUGUCAUCAUCUGGUGCUAUGGAGGUCAUUUCUGCAACCCGAGCACCCCCAACGCAGAGAAGCUCCAGGAAUGGCUCAAGACCUUCGAAGAGGAGGUCCUUGGGCCAUACGAGCUGCCCGGAAACAGAGUGGCCCGAGAACUGUAUGUCAAUCUGGGACUGCCGUGGGAAUGUCUCGACAGGAUCGACGGCGACGGCGACGACAGCCAAGAACUGAAGACCCUUCUGAAGGAAUUUGACGAGCAACAGUUUGAGAGGAUUGAGACGGAUAGGGAAGGCCGGCUACCCACUGGAGAUGCCUUUUCCGCCUUCAGGAGGCUCGAGUUCGCCAAAAUCAAGACGGUGAUGGCCACAGCCAGUCCGAUCACGCGGUGGAGAGAAGCCAACAAAGAAAAGGUGGAACGCGGUGAGCUAGAGGACGUUUUGGAUCUGCUGAUCAGAAGGGCCAAGGAGAUCCUUGAGGAGGUGCCAGAGGGGAAGGGCAGGGAUUGGAUCGAGAAUGGAAGUCGGAUGGUUAUAUUGGUUGUGAAGAAAAGGAAGUUCCUCAUGAAAUGCGCCAACGAGUCGGUCACGAUCGAACUCAAGAACGGCACCAUCGUGUCGGGCACCAUCACGUCGGUGUCGCCGCAGAUGAACACGGCGCUGCGGGCGGUGAAGAUGACGACCAAGAACCGGUCGAACCCCUCGGCGCCCGGCGACACGGUCAGCCUCGACACCAUCAACAUCCGCGGCUCGACCAUCCGCUACUACAUCCUGCCGGACUCGCUGCCCCUCGACACGCUGCUCGUCGAUGACCAGCCCAAACCGAAGAACAAGGCGAGGAAGGAAGGUGAAUCGCGGGGUGGCCGGGGAAGAGGCGGCGGGAGGGGUCGGGGAAGAGGUGGUGGCGGUGGGCGUGGACGUGGGAGAGGGAGAGGCUUUUAG